CACACUUCACAGUUCGCCACUCGCCAGUAACGACUCACGCGAGCUCGCGCGGUCACGUCUCAUGUAAUCAGUGUUUCUCUGUAGCUCGUUUGCGUCGCGACGGCUUUGUUGUGUGAGCUGUGUUUACGGAUAGUGCAAACAUUGCGAAGGUGUGACUUUAUUAGCAAGUAAGCGGAGUGAACUAAAGAGCCCGGGCUGGCGAGUGGGCGCAGCCUCCCGGGAGCAACGACCGCGCGUUCGGGGCGCAGCGGCGGGGCAGGAGGCGGCAUGGAUUGUGGCGUAGCGGGGGCCUUUCCGGCCCGGACCCCACAUGGGGCUCAUCCAGCGCCCCGAGGACAUGCCCCCCAUGGGGCGCUCUCACCCACCGAACGCUCGCCCGCCAAGGCGGGACUACAUGUUAAUUUUAGUGAUAAAGGCGAGGUGAAGGAGCGUCGCGAGAAGUUCCUUACAGCGAAAUAUGGUAGCCACCAGAUGGCUCUGAUCCGCAAACGGCUCGCCGUCGAAAUGUGGCUGUACGACGAGCUGCAGAAGUUGUAUGAGGCACCUGCGCCGAGUGAGAGCGGCGCGGCGUCUCAAGAAGUCGAUGUAGAUAUUGAUGAGUUACUGGAUAUGGACAGUGACGAACAACGUUGGAGACAUCUCACGGUGCUGUUAGCCGAUGCGAAAAAACCUCAGAAAGAUGUACAUAGAUUUAUAAACGAUCUUUUAGAAAAAGCAAAGACGUUGUAAAUAUCGAGAAACCCGGUAAUGCCAGGCGACCCUCAGCUGUAUACGGCCAACAACUUGGAUAGCGGAGGAGCUAUCUGUACUAGGUUUUAUAGUACUGAUUCAUCAUUAGUUUGAAUUGUACUAGCGUUUUAUACGAUAUGGUGCAAUUCAAUUUACAUAUAUGUUUAAUCAGACUUGCAUUAAAGCCUGGAGGUUGCACAUACUACCUCGGGCCGUCGGGGUCGCUGUAAUUAUAAGUAAGCUCAAUAUAUUCCAUGCCACGUGUCGAGCAGUGCUUCCAGGCUGUCA